GGCGGCCGCCGCCCGCGUUCGAACCCGCACCGUUGCGAGCAUAAUGCACACCCAAGAGAGGGGCGCGCCGUUCCGCGUGCAGCAGGAAGAAGACACGCGCGCGGUACACCGACACGUGGUGAAGAAAAAGAAGCUGCCGCCAACCGCGGCUGCCGUUUCCAGCGCGACGCCGCCGGCUCAGCAGCAGUUCUGCCCGUGCCCGGGGAGCGAGAGGGGGCGCGCCCGUAAAACCUCGGCUCCGCGUCGUGUGUUCGAAGCGUCGUUCGUCGCUGCGAGGCCGACGUCGUGGACGUGCGGCGCGUGGCCUGCGGGGAAAACGGCUCCGUUCGACACCGGGAGCGCCAGCUGCGCCAGCCGCCGCCAGACUUGGACGCCCGUCGCAUCGGCCCGACUAACCCGACGCGGCCACUAGUGUCUGCGUGUGCAUUAGGAGGAGGAGGACACGCGGCUCGAGUCGCCUAGCUGGCCGCCGCUUGACACGUCGGAGCCAUGUGCUACGUGCUGACGAGACGGGGUAACUUCCCGAGUCCGGUUCUCCCCUUUCUCCUGGCCGGCAUCGCAGCGCUUGCUACCGCCAGCGGAAGCCGGAUUCGAGUCUCUACUCACGACCUGGAAUGGAAACUUGGAGAUUCGUCGAGCUUUCAAGUAUUUCUCGACCCGCCGCUGAACGAGACGCUGUUUGUGAGCCUGAUCGCGUCCAAGGGCGAGGACCUGCUGGCCGACUCUCCGGGGCGUCACGUGAUCACACCGGGAUCAGAGGGUGGCCUCCGGCUCAACCUGACCGCGCGGAAGGCCGGCUACGCCAUAAUCCACCUCAACGCGUCGCUGCCUGACGUCGAUUCCAGCGACGCCUUCGUGCGCAUCAGCGUCCUCCGUCUGGGCUGGCUCAACGUGCUGAGCGCAGUGUUCGGCUGGUUCUACUUCAUCGCCUGGUCGGUCUCCUUCUAUCCGCAGAUAUACCUCAACUGGAAGCGUAGAAGUGUGGUUGGCUUGAGCUUCGACUUCAUCGGCCUCAACCUAACGGGUUUCCUGGCGUACUCCUUCUUCAACCUUGGCGUCUACUGCAGUCCCGUCGUUCAGAGCGAGUACUACUCGCGCCACCCUACGGGAGUGCUGCCAGUCGAGGUGAACGACAUCGUGUUCGGCCUGCACGCCUCGCUGGCCACACUGAUCACGGUGCUCCAGUGCUUCUUCUACGAGAGAAAGGACCAGCGCAUGUCCCUGGCGGCUCGGGCGCUUAUGGGCAUCGUGUGGGUCGGCGCAGCGCUCUACGGCGUGAUAACGCUUGCGGCGGGCCGCCACUGGUCCAGCCCGUGGCUCUUCUACCUCUACUACUUUUCCUACUGCAAGCUCGUCAUCACGCUGGUGAAGUACAUCCCCCAGGCCAUUCUCAACUUCAGGAGAAAAUCUACGAUUGGCUGGAGCAUCGGGAACAUACUCCUCGACUUCACCGGUGGAACCCUGAGCAUGCUGCAGAUGUUUAUCAUCGCCUAUAAUUACGAUGACUGGUCGUCGCUGUUCGGGAACUUCACCAAGUUUGGCCUUGGCCUGAUCAGCAUCAUGUUCGACGUGCUGUUCAUGCUGCAGCACUACGUCUUCUACCCCAAUGGCAACAGUGCGCUCAAGAAAGUGCCCCACGACGAACUUUAGGCACAGCCCGCGACUGCCAGCCUUCCGCCCUUCAUUACAUAUGCAUACGUACAUUGCGUCGCUUUACUUACAUGUGCCCUCCCUUCCGUAGAAAAAGAAAAAUAAGGACUGUUGUACGUUUGUUUCAACUGUCUUGUGCUGUAUAUGAGACCGAUUGCUAAAACAUGUUUUUUUUUUUUUUACUUUCUAUCCCUCUCGUGUUAUAUCCUAUCAGGUGAGAAGUUUAAACGAAGUUGUGAUACUUGGGUUUUAAAUUUUUGCAGUCAUAAACGUCAUACGGAGCCCGGCUCAUGUGGUGCUCGUUUUCGAAGAGCCCCUCUCAAUUCUUUUCUUUUUUCGUAUUUCAAGACAAACCUGCAGGUAACUGAACCUGCGCAAGAAACAACGAAUAUUCGUAACAAAAGUGUGAUAACAUGGAACCUUUCGCAGCUCUCUACUCAAUUCCGAAGAGUGGAUGUGCUUUUUUUUUUUUCCGCGCUGUCCCACAAGAACAUGUUAUCGUUGUUUUCAUUUUUCCUCAUUGACGUACGACUCUUCUCCCGCACAACAGCAGAGAUCUCGAGCUCAAUUAUGUAUUUGUGCCGUCGAUUGCGAAAGUGCGGACACGCCAUGUCUCGCGAAUGUUCCUUUACUAUUCGUGUAAAUCUUGUGUACGUUAUCUACUGUACGCGCCGUUGGUGAAUAUAACACGGUUUCGAGAACAGCGUA